UGUCAUGAGACGUUGACAUUGUUGCAAAAUCAAAAAUUCAGCUGUUUACUGUGAUGAGAACCGACGAAUAAAAUCGCAGCGAAGGUGGAAAAUUCGAUGUCCCAACAUGGAUACCGUGCCAGUGCCGACGUCGGAUUACAUCAAUGUUAAAAACAAAUCCAAUUUAUCAUUCAAAGAAAUGUGGAAUCGUGAGGAUUUGUCCGAUAUCAAAUUGUGUUGUGAUCAAAAUGUGUUUCGUGUGCAUCGUUUCUUGUUGGCAGCGUGUAGUCCAUACUUUCGAUCCUUAUUUGAAAAGCGGCCGGAUUCCAACUUAAACAUAAUCCUCCAGGAUGUAAACAGUGAUGAUUUGCGGCGUGUACUACACUAUAUGUAUCACGGUUCGGUGAUGAUAAGGAACGAAGACAUUCAGGCAUUUUGUGAGCUGUUGGAAAUGUUCUUGAUGUCCGUGCCCGAAGAUGUUGUCGUUUCGGCCAGUGAAAGCGAGAACGAAACCGAGUCUGAAUCGGAAUGUGAUUCCGAAUAUGGAAGCGAAAGUGGUGAUGGGCACGAUGCAUUUGUUCAAAGUGUUCGUGAUUUGAUGGUCAAUUUGAAUGAAGAAAACGUACAAAAUCAUUCAUCCUCCAUAUUGAGCUUAACCGAAAUGGAAGAGCAUCGCUUAGAUGUUGUUAUCGAUUUGAUAUUGGAAUCGGUGCUUCAACCGAAGCCAACAAAUGCCGCAAAUCUGUUUGUUUCGUUGGUGAAACAUAUUUGCAUUCAAGCGGGCACAUGUCACUUUCGAGACGAUACACUUUAUUUUCGUGAAAAUUUACGACUGAAAGCAUUGCGUUUAUUUGCAAGUGGAGAGAGGAAUUUUCCAACGCAACCAGAACCGCCGAUUAUUCAACCGAAUGAGUUUGCCAGCCUAAAUUCACUAGAUAAACAAAUCUACCUCAUGCAAUCGAUUGAUUCGCAUUGUAUGCCGGUACGAUAUCAACGUCUUGCCCAUUUUAUCGGUCAUUUGUUUCAAAUUAAUUUAAUUGGUGCAAUCGAUAUCAACGGUUUGAUCGAAGCUAGUUCCCAACACAAAAAUGAUCUCUUUGGUAAAAAUCACGCACAAAAAAAUUGCUGUAAUUUUCAACUGCCUCAAGUUGUUGACGAUAUUUGUAACAAUGACUGGUACCAAUACGUCAGUCCUGUGGAAAAUCACAUGUUUUGGAUUCGAAGCCAGGUUGUUCUCGGAUCGACAGAACCUCAUAAAUUUGGUCACAUUACCAGAGAUUUGGUGAUACAAAAUGAAUCACGGCGUCAACGAAACCAGAAUCGUAAGGCUCGUAAGGAACGGAUCACUCGGACUGCCAAAAAUGCUAGCAAAGCUGUCAAAAAGAAAACAAAAUCAUCUCAGGAACAGUCACACAAUUAACCAAUCCAUCGAAUAAUCAAACGUCCCACAAGAAGAAAAAAGAAUUCACAUAUCAGGGAAAUUCCCAACAAUCAUUCUUAUUGGAAUCUAAAAACCAACUUCAUAUGAAUCAAUAAAAUGUCAGUAUUUAUUCAACAA